AUGUCUUCCAAGAUCCCAGACCUUGUCUCCAACCGCGUUAGCGACAAGGCAAAGAAGACCUUGGACAUUGUCGCCGAGUUCGUCGAGGAAGAGUGCAUACCAGCAGACCCAGUCUUCGAAGCCCAGAUCGGCGAGGGCGCGUCACGAUGGGACCACCAUCCUUCUGUCAUCGAGGAGCUGAAGUCCAAGGCGAAGAAGCUAGGACUAUGGAAUAUGUUCUUGCCGAAAGGCCAUUACAAGGAGUCGCCCGGCUACACCAACCUUGAAUAUGGACUGAUGGCCGAGUGGCUGGGCAAAUCAAGGACGGCAUCGGAAGCGACGAACUGUGCCGCCCCGGAUACUGGUAACAUGGAAGUACUGGCCAAGUACGGGAACGAGGAACAGAAGGCGCAGUGGCUCAAGCCGUUGAUGGACGGGGAGAUCAGGUCCGCCUUUCUCAUGACGGAGCCCGACGUCGCAUCCUCGGACGCCAGGAACAUCCAGCUGAACAUGAAGAAGGAAGGGAACGAAUACGUGCUGAACGGCUCGAAAUGGUGGUCAAGCGGUGCAGGUGACCCGAGGUGUAAGAUUUACAUCGUCAUGGGCAAGUCAGACCCAAGCAACAAGGAUCCAUACAAGCAGCAAUCUGUGAUUCUGGUGCCGGCCAACACGAAGGGCAUCACUAUUAACCGGAUGUUGAAUGUAUACGGAUACGAUGAUGCUCCCCACGGACACGGCCACAUCUCUUUCAACAACGUUCGAGUAGCGGCGAGCAACAUGGUUCUGGGAGACGGCAAGGGAUUCGAGAUCAUCCAAGGCCGACUUGGACCCGGCCGUAUUCAUCACGCCAUGCGAAGUAUCGGCGCGGCUGAACGGGCAUUGGAGUGGAUGCUGAUGAGAAUCAACGACCCGAAGAAGACCCCAUUCGGCAAGCAGCUGAAGCAACAUGGUGUGAUCCUCGAGUGGGUUGCCAAAUCCAGAAUCGAGAUCGAUGCGGCACGCCUGGUCGUUCUCAACGCUGCGGUGAGAAUGGACGACCUCGGUCCCAAAGCGACGUUGAAGGAGAUCGCUGAAGCGAAGGUCCUCGUGCCUCAGAUGGCCUUGACGGUCAUCGACCGGGCCGUUCAAGCAUUUGGCGGUGCCGGUGUCAGUCAGGAUACACCGCUUGCGAACAUGUGGGCACAAAUCCGGACCCUAAGGCUGGCGGAUGGGCCCGACGAGGUUCAUCUGCAACAGAUGGGCCGGAACGAGAACAGAAGGGGCCAGGAAGUCACGCAGAAGAUUGAGGCGCAAAGGGAGAAGACGGAGCAGUUGCUGAAGCAGUACAGCGUCAAGCGUUUCCAGCCUGGGUCGAACAUCAGAUCCCAGCUCUAG